UUACAGGGUGGCUGUAUAUAGCUUCCUCUACUUGGCUCCAAUAGAGCUGAAACGAGGCGGAGCUACAACAAGACAGGAAAACAACAAGACUUCAAUGUCCGACUCCUUCAAGGAAACUAAAAGUCAACGGGAGAACUGUAGUUGAGACACAUCUUGCUGUUUGUCUUUGAAGAUAGAAUAUAGGGAACUAAGCUCCCAGAGUCUCUGCACACUGAUAUGGCUGCUGCCAGCAGUUCACUGUCUAAAAAUCGGUUUCUGUGCUCCAUCUGUCUGGAUGUGUUCACUGAUCCAGUCAGCACACCAUGUGGACACAACUUCUGCAAGAAGUGCAUCACUCAACACUGGAAUAUUAAUGUCCCCUAUCAGUGUCCCAACUGUAAAAAGAUUUUCUACACAAGACCUGAGCUGCAGGUCAAUACUUUUGUCUCUGAGAUGGUUUCUCACUUCAGACAGUCAGCUCAACAGAGAGCCAGCAGCUCAGAGCAACAAGCUGCUGAACCAGGAGACGUUCCCUGUGACGUCUGCACUGGACCCAAAGUGAAGGCCCUGAAGUCCUGCCUGGUGUGUCUGGUCUCCUACUGUGAGACUCACCUGGAGCCUCAUCUGACAGCGUCAGGCCUGAAAAGACAUCAGCUGAUUGACCCUGUGGAGAACCUGGAAGGCAGGAUGUGUAUGAAGCACGAUAAACUGCUGGAGCUGUUCUGUAAGACCGACCAGAUGUGUCUGUGCAUGCUCUGCACAGUUUUGGAUCACAAGUCACAUGAUGUUGUUCCUCUAAAAGAAGAAUAUGAAAGAAAAAAGUCCAAGCUUGGGAAGACAGGGGCUGAAAUUCAGCAGAUGAUCAAGGAGAGACGACUCAAGAUUCAAGGGUUCCAACGUUCAGUCAGCAUCAGCAGGAAAAAUGCAGACAGAGAGAUAGCAAACAGCAAUCAUGUCUUCACCGAGCUGAAGGAGGCUAUUGAGAGAAACCAGGCCAAACUUAUUAAGACAGCUGAAGAAAAGCACAGAAUGACAGAGAAACAGGCUGAAGGCUUCAUCAAAGAGCUGGAACAGGAAAUCUCUGAGCUGAAGAAGAGAAGCGAUGAGCUGGAGCAGCUCUCACGCUCAGAAGACCAUCUUAACCUCGUCCAGAAGUUUCCAUCCCUGGAUGCUGCUCCACCCACCAAGAACUGUACACAGGUCAAAAUCUGUCCUCCUUCAUAUGAGGGGACUGUGAGGACAACUGUUGAUCAGUUGGUGGAGAUGUUCAAAAAUGAGAUGAAGAAGCUUCUCACAAAGUUUGAGUUAAAGAUAGUCCAGCAGUAUGCAGUGGACGUCACACUUGAUCCUGAUACAGCAAAUCCCCAACUCAUCCUGUCUGAAGAUGGGAAACAAGUACAUGAUGGUACUGUGUGGAAGGAUCUCCCAGAAACCCCAAAGAGAUUUUCUCAUGGUCUCUGUGUCUUGGGGAAGCAGUUUGUUUCUUCAGGAAAAUUUUACUUUGAGGUUCAGGUGAAAGGGAAAACUAAAUGGGCUUUAGGAGUUGCCAGAGAGUCAGUCAACAGAAAGGGGUUAUUUAGUGUUAGCCUGAAGAAUGGUUACUGGACCAUACGUUUGAAUAAUGAAAAUAUCUACCAUGCUCCUACUGAGUCUUUGGUCCUUCUGUCUCAGAAGUCAAAGCCUGAGAAGGUGGGGGUGUUUGUAGAUUAUGACGAGGGUCUGGUCUCCUUUUAUGAUGUUGAUGCUGCAGCUCUUAUCUACACCUAUACUGGCUGCUCCUUCACUGAAAAACUCCACCCAGUCUUCUCUCCCUUUGCAAAUCAGGAUGGGAAAAACUCUGCCCCUCUGAUCAUCUGUCCUGUCAACUUUACUUAGUGGAAUGACAUGUCAUUCUCUGCACACACACCCCCUUAACAUAUCUUUUAGGUGAGGUGAGGUGAAGUAAAGUAAGGUAGAGUAAGGUAAGAUAGACUUUUAUUAUUACUGAAGAAAAUUUUUGCAAUGUCUGCUUCUCAACGUAACAAAUCCCAUAAUUGAGUAGUACAGUGUUUGUUGUCAAUCCUACAUAGCAGAAUAACCAUUUGAUUCUCUUGAAAAGUAAAAUUCAUGUAGCAAAUCUCCAUAGUUGAUGGUGAUGUACAGUAUGUGCUUGUUUUCUUCAGAUUGUAAUUAUUUGCAAUGAUUUUUGCCUUUUUUUUUUUUUUUUUACACAUCCCAUUGUUGCUUUCUACUGCAACACAGUGAUUUAAAAAAUAAUUGAACUUUUGUGGUAUAACAAUGAAUCUAAGUGGUAUACAUGUCUUUAGAGUCACAGGCCCAGCUUGGGGAUUUUUUAUUUAGCCCAGUUACCAUAUGUUGUUUUCCAUGAUUUUUAUGUAGAUUGAUGUCUAUUUUUGUGUAACUGCCUGCUGGCUCAAACAUCAUUUCCUGUGAUUUUAUAAAAAUGAUUAAAAUUCAAAUUAAAUAGCAGGUGAAUUUGAUGCCUGUAUGUGUUCCUGAAGUUUUCCAAUUUUAACAUUAUUUAUCAUUUAGAAGAGACAGAUAAUGAGAUGAUGACUUUUUUUUAAGUUUUCCUGGCACAGGGAGAAAAAGGGUAACACCCGCAUACUAAUAUGUAUGUAUUUUUUAUUUUAAAAAACAUUUCCAGAGCAGUGUUUUAGAGCCAGUUUAACAGGUAUUUAGGAUUUCUCCUGUUCUUCCUUUAAAUUAAUCCAAUAUGUUAUUGAACACAGGUGGUGUAGACUCAUAUAUGGGAUAAUUGCUUUGGUAUAAUGUUUUAUAUAUUAAGAUAUGUGUGUGUGAUAUUUUCUGGUACGUCUCUGUAUUGCUAUUUUUUUCUAUGUACUUUAUUGAAUUGUUGGUUGUGAGUUUUAUCACCAUGAGAGGUGUUGAUGGUUAACCACACCUGUCAUCAUAGAGCUCAAAGAUUUUGAAGAAUGAUAGAUGAAGAUCUAAGUAGAAUUGAAAUGUUGUCUUGAUUAAACUUUUUUUAGCAUGGAG